AUGCAAUACCCACAACUCUGUCGCCUCCACCACGAGGAUGCACUCUGCCUUUUUGGCAAGCCCAGCAAGCGACAAAGGUAUGGACCCCCCUCGACAGAGGGGGGGAUGGAGGAACCACCCGAAGACACUAUCGGCGGCUUCGUAGGCGGCAGCGACACCAUCUCCAGCUGGGACCUGGACGCGACGGACGAGGGCGAGUGCGGUCAUGGGGUGCACAGGCAAGGUACUGGUGAUGACGCGGCGAUGGCUGCAUGGGAGGCACACCGCCGGCGACUGCAGGAGUCUCAUGAUAGGCGGCGGAGGGCCCUGGGAAAUCCCUUGGCCUCGCCUGGCCCAAAGGCAGGAACAGAGACGGAGAGCCCGGGCGGAAAUGCAGCAGUGGAGUCCAGCGGGGACCCAGCCCUCGAGGCAGGAGGGGGGGCAGCAGAACUGGCUGUUGGGGGAGGUCCGGAAGCCACAAGCAAGGGGGCAGCAGGUGCUGCCGGCGGGAGGGCAGAAGGAGCUGCUGGCGAGAGGGGAGCAGCAGCUGCUGGCGAGAGGGGAGCAGGAGCUGCCGGCGAGAGGGGAGCAGGAGCUGCCGGCGAGAGGGGAGCAGGAGCUGCCGGCGAGAGGGCAGCAAGAGCCGCAGGCAAGAGGGCGGCAGGCGCGCAAGUGGUAGAAGUGGAGAUGGCCGAGCUACAGCCAGAGGUGCAGCAGGACCAAUCGGGGAACCGGGCCCGGCCACACGCAGGAGGGCAGCAGGAGCCGCCCGGGGGAGAGCAGCAUGAGCUGCCAAGGGAAGAGCAGCACGAGCUGCCGGCAAGGGAGCAGCAAGCAAGGGAGCAGCAAGCGGUAGAAGUGGAGAUGGCCGAGCUACAGCCAGAGGCACAGCAGGACCAAUCGGGAAACCAGGCCUGGCCACAGGCAGGAGGGCAGCAGGGGCCGCCCGGGGGAGAGCAGCAUGAACUGCCAAUGGAAGAGCAGCAGAAGCCGCCGGGGGUGGGGCAGCUGCCGGAGCGGGAGCAGCAAGCGGUGGAUGUGGAGAUGGCCGAGCUACUGCCAGAGCUGCAGCAGGACCAAUCAGGGAACCAGGCCCGGCUGCAGGCACGAGGGCAGCAGGAGAUGCUGGGGGAAGAGCGGCAGGAGCUGCCAACAGGAGGGCAGCUGGAGCUGUUGGGGGGAGGGCAGCAGGAGCGGUCGGAGGGGGAGCGGCGGGAGUUGCCGGCGCGGGGGCAGCUGGAGGUCGCUAGUGCGGACUCUACUAGCCAAGCGAAGAGAACCCGGGCACGGGGCCGAGGCGGGAGACGACACGCCCGUAAGACGCAAGGGCGGACUGGAAGCGGUGCUGCCGCACAGCAGGCGGAGGGGCAGCCGGGGGCGACCGAGACACCCCCGGGAGCCCCGCGGGUGGGGGGGCAGCCCCGGGUGCCUGGGGCGCCCCAAGGAGAGCAGCAGCCAGGGGGGCAGCCGGGGGUGACCGGAGCACCCCAGGGAGAGCAACAGGCAGGAGGGCAGCCGAGGGUGCCCCGGGCACCCCAGGGAGUGCAGCACGCAGGGGGGCAGCCGAGGGUGCCCAGGGCACCCCAGGGAGUGCAGCAGGCAGGAGGGCAGCAGGGGGUGCCCGGGGCACCCCAGGGAGUGCAGCAGGCAGGAGGGCAGCCGAGGGUGCCCGGAGCACCCCAGGGAGUGCAACAGGCAGGGGGGCAGCCGGGGGUGCCCGGGGCACCCCAGGGAGUGCAGCAGGCAGGAGGGCAGCCGAGGGUGCCCGGAGCACCCCAGGUAGUGCAACAGGCAGGGGGGCAGCCGGGGGUGCCCGGGGCACCCCAGGGAGUGCAGCAGGCAGGAGGGCAGCCGAGGGUGCCCGGGGCACCCCAGGGAGUGCAGCAGGCUGGAGGGCAGCCGAGGGUGCUCGGAGCACCCCAGGGAGCGCAGCAGGCAGGGGGGCAGCCGGGGGUGCCCGGGGCACCCCAGGGAGUGCAGCAGGCAGGUGGGGAGACGGGGGUGCCCGGAACACCCCAGGGAGUGCAGCAGGCAGGAGGGCAGCCGAGGGUGCCCGGGGCACCCCAGGGAGUGCAGCAGGCAGGGGGGCAGCCGGGGGUGCCCGGAGCACCCCAGGGAGUGCAGCAGGCAGGAGGGCAGCCGAGGGUGCCCGGAGCACCCCAUGGAGUGCAGCAGGCAGGAGGGCAACCGAGGGUGCCCGGGGCACCCCAGGGAGUGCAGCAGGCAGGAGGGCAGCCGAGGGUGCCCGGGGCACCCCAGGGAGUGCAGCAGGCAGGUGGGGAGCCGGGGUUGCCCGGAGCACCCCAGGGAAUGCAGCAGGCAGAAGGGCAGCCGAGGGUGCCCGGGGCACCCCAGGGAGUGCAGCAGGCAGGAGGGGCACCCCAGGGAGUGCAGCAGGCAGGAGGGCAGCAGGGGGUGCCCGGGGCACCCCAGGGAGUGCAGCAGGCAGGAGGGCAGCCGAGGGUGCCCGGAGCACCCCAGGGAGUGCAACAGGCAGGGGGGCAGCCGGGGGUGCCCGGGGCACCCCAGGGAGUGCAGCAGGCAGGAGGGCAGCCGAGGGUGCCCGGAGCACCCCAGGGAGUGCAACAGGCAGGGGGGAAGCCGGGGGUGCCCGGGGCACCCCAGGGAGUGCAGCAGGCAGGAGGGCAGCCGAGGGUGCCCGGGGCACCCCAGGGAGUGCAGCAGGCUGGAGGGCAGCCGAGGGUGCCCGGAGCACCCCAGGGAGCGCAGCAGGCAGGGGGGCAGCCGGGGGUGCCCGGGGCACCCCAGGGAGUGCAGCAGGCAGGUGGGGAGACGGGGGUGCCCGGAACACCCCAGGGAGUGCAGCAGGCAGGAGGGCAGCCGAGGGUGCCCGGGGCACCCCAGGGAGUGCAGCAGGCAGGAGGGCAACCGAGGGUGCCCGGGGCACCCCAGGGAGUGCAGCAGGCAGGGGGGCAGCCGGGGGUGCCCGGAGCACCCCAGGGAGUGCAGCAGGCAGGAGGGCAGCCGAGGGUGCCCGGAGCACCCCAUGGAGUGCAGCAGGCAGGAGGGCAACCGAGGGUGCCCGGGGCACCCCAGGGAGUGCAGCAGGCAGGAGGGCAGCCGAGGGUGCCCGGGGCACCCCAGGGAGUGCAGCAGGCAGGUGGGGAGCCGGGGGUGCCCGGAGCACCCCAGGGAAUGCAGCAGGCAGAAGGGCAGCCGAGGGUGCCCGGGGCACCCCAGGGAGUGCAGCAGGCAGGAGGGCAGCCCUGGGUGCCCGGGGCGCCCCAAGGAGAGCAGCAGCCAGGGGGGCAGCCGGGGGUGACCGGAGCACCCCAGGGAGAGCAACAGGCAGGAGGGCAGCCGAGGGUGCCCCGGGCACCCCAGGGAGUGCAGCAGGCAGGGGGGCAGCCGAGGGUGCCCAGGGCACCCCAGGGAGUGCAGCAGGCAGGAGGGCAGCAGGGGGUGCCCGGGGCACCCCAGGGAGUGCAGCAGGCAGGAGGGCAGCCGAGGGUGCCCGGGGCACCCCAGGGAGUGCAGCAGGCAGGAGGGCUGCCGAGGGUGCCCGGGGCACCCCAGGGAGUGCAGCAGGCAGGUGGGGAGACAGGGGUGCCCGGAACACCCCAGGGAGUGCAGCAGGCAGGAGGGCAGCCGAGGGUGCCCGGGGCACCCCAGGGAGUGCAGCAGGCAGGAGGGCAGCCGAGGAUGCCUGGGGCACCCCAGGGAGUGCAGCAGGCAGGUGGGGAGCCGGGGGUGCCCGGAGCACCCCAGGGAGUGCAGCAGGCAGGAGGGCAGCCGAGGGUGCCCGGGGCACCCCAGGGAGUGCAACAGGCAGGGGGGCAGCCGGGGGCGCCCGGGGCACCCCAGGGAGUGCAGCAGGCAGGAGGGCUGCCGAGGGUGCCCGGGGCACCCCAGGGAGUGCAGCAGGCAGGUGGGGAGACGGGGGUGCCCGGAACACCGCAGGGAGUGCAGCAGGCAGGAGGGCAGCCGAGGGUGCCCGGGGCACCCCAGGGAGUGCAGCAGGCAGGAGGGCAACCGAGGGUGCCCGGGGCACCCCAGGGAGUGCAGCAGGCAGGGGGGCAGCUGGGGGUGCCCGGAGCACCCGAGGGAAUGCAGCAGGCAGGAGGGCAGCCGAGGUUGCCCGGGGCACCCCAGGGAGUGCAGCAGGCAGGAGGGCAGCCGAUGGUGCCCGGGGAACCCCAGGGAGUGCGGCAGGCAGGAGGGCUGGGAGUGCAGCAGGCAGGAGGGCGGCCGAGGGUGCCCGGAGCACCCCAGGGAGAGCAGCAGGCAGGGGGGCAGCCGGGGGUGACCGGAGCACCCCAGGGAGAGCAGCAGCUAGGGGGGCAGCCGGGGGUGACCCGAGCACCCCAGGGCGAGCAGCAGGCAGGGGAGCAGCCGGGGGUGACCGGAGCACGCCAGGGAGUGCAGCAGGCAGGAGGGCAGCCGAUGGUGCCCGGGGAACCCCAGGGAGUGCAGCAGGCAGGAGGGCAGGGAGUGCAGCAGGCAGGAGGGCAGCCGAGGGUGCCCGGAGCACCCCAGGGAGAGCAGCAGGCAGGGGGGCAGCCGGGGGUGACCGGGGCACCCCAGGGAGCGCAGCAGCCAGAGGGGCAGCCGAGGGUGCCCUGGGCACCCCAAGGAGCGCAGCAAGCAGGGGGGCGAUCGAUGGACGACCAGGAGCAACAGUUGGAGGAGUGGUGUCGACUUUUGGAGUUUGAUACCCCCAUGGCGACUGCGGAGGAGUCAGAGGCGGACGAAGAACCUCCCAUGCCGCCUUCCCCAUGCCCCCGCUUUCCGUGUGACACGUGUUUCCACACUUUCGCUACGCGAGGGGCCGCUGCGAACCACAUGAGGGUAUGCCGGGCGGCUGAGGCGGAGAGGCGUGCACAGGCUCUCGGCUCGAUUCCGUCUCUGGUGGAGACCGACACGCAGGAGCGAUCGACGCCGCGGGAAUUUGGGGACGAGGCGUGGGCUGGGGUUACGUCAUGGGAAUGGGAAACUUUUUUCAGUGUGGAGGCGGUUGGAGGGAGGACAGUGCGCCGGAUCCCACAGCGGGCCAGGCAUAGGUCAGAAGGCGCUGAUCACAGAGCGGUUGGGUGCGUUCUGGGAGGGGAGGUGGCGGGAGCUGUUCGACUCUGCCAUGGUGGCGGCGCGGCCAGCAGUUCGCCCACUUUCCUACACUUGCUCUGA